UGUGAAAUAAAUAAAGGAUCUUGUUGUCUCUCUCUCUCUCUAUAGUCUAUAUAUAUAGAUCUUGUUAUCGUCUUUCACUUUCCAUAUCCAAGAAAAAAACAGAAUGCAGACCAAAACACUCUGUUCCAUUCCUCUGUUUCUUGCUCUGUUUUUGUCUCACGCCAUCUCUUCGUCUGCUUACAGUUUCGACUUCGCUUACUUCGCUAAUGGAACUGAUCUGAUGACAUUCUAUGGGGACGCCGAGUACGCGCCAGAGACUGAUGGUCUGAGCAAGUCAGGGAAUAUUGGACUGAGCCGUGAGAAUAUCCCUUUCUCUCAUGGUCGAGCCAUUUUCAUCAACCCCAUCCCUUUCAAACCUAAUCCUUCUUCUUCUUAUGUCUACUCUUUCAAAACUUCUUUCAGUCUCACCAUCACUACUCGCCGGGAAAAUCCUAAUCCCGGUCAUGGCCUCGCCUUUAUCGUCGUCCCCGACAACAAAAACGUCACCGUUUCCGGUUUAGGCUACCUCAGUCUUGUGAACCGGUUAAACAACGGUAAUCCCAAUAACCAUCUCUUCGCGGUCGAGUUCGACGUCUUUAAAGAUAAACAUCUUGGCGACAUUGAUGAUAACCAUGUUGGAAUCAACAUUAAUUCGGCUAGAUCAACGGUUUCUAAGAAAGCCGGUUAUUGGAUUCAAUCAAGAACCGGAGGAAAAGACCGGUGGGUGUUCAAGGCAUUGAGGCUAAGUGAUGGUGGAUGCAGGGCUUGGAUCGAGUACGAGAACGGGAAAGUGACAGUCACGAUCGGAGUUUCACAGGAGAAACCGAAGAGGCCACUGAUGGAAGCGAUGGUCGAUCUUUCGAAAGUUUUUCACGAGAAAAUGUACAUGGGUUUUGCUGGUUCAAUGGGACGUGGCGCCGAGCGUCACGAGAUCGUCGACUGGAAUUUUCAGAACAGUGCCAAAAACUAAAUACUGUAGGUCGAAGGUUUUUUUUUUUUUUUUUUUUUUUUUUUUUUUUUUUUUUAUGUAGGUCGAAGUUGUUAUUAAAGCUUCGUUAUAUGUCGUGAAUCUUGUGAUCCAUCCAUCAAGCUAGUGAUAGUUGAAGCUAAUAAAUGCAUAAGUUAUUAUGA